AUGGCAUCAUUAGCUUCACUCGGCCGCCUGUCCGGCAGGGCGGGACAAGUCGGCGGACGGAGGCUCGCGCAGUCUACGGUCGCACGAAGAGACUUCAGGACCUCGACCGCCGCCCUGGCAGCACAGAACUUCACCAUGCCAGCCCUAUCGCCGACCAUGACCGAGGGAAACAUCGCGACGUGGCGCGUCAAGGAGGGCGACAAGUUCCAGGCCGGCGAUGUCCUGCUCGAGAUCGAGACCGACAAGGCCACCAUGGACGUCGAGGCACAGGAGGAGGGCGUCGUCAUGAAGAUCUUGCAGGGCGACGGUGCAAAGGCAGUCAAGGUUGGUGCCCGCAUCGCCGUCCUUGCUGAGGAGGGUGACGACAUCUCGACCCUUGAGAUCCCCGCCGAGGAUGAGUCUGGCGCCAAGGACGAUGCAAAGGAGGACAAGCCCCAAGGCUCGUCGACUUAUGGCGGCGGUUCGGCUCCUCCGCCCAACGACUCGGUGCCAGCACAGCCUACCCAGUCGGCGGCCAAGGCUGCCGGCGACGGCAAGGCGCCCAAACAGAAGUACCCCCUGCUGCCGUCAGUGGCCCACCUCAUCAAGGAGAAGGGCCUGGACGAGGCGGCACUGGCGGAGAUGACGCCUUCGGGCCCCAAUGGUCGCCUGCUCAAGGGUGACGUCCUGGCCUACCUUGGCACCAUCAACCAGAAGACGCCCUCGACCAUCUCGGAGAUGUUCGAGAGGCUUUCACAUCUGGACCUCAGCAACAUCAAGAUAGUAAAACCGGCUCCGCCGCCUGCCAAGGAGGAGACAAAGGCUGCCGCCGCUGAGACGCCUGCUCCCAGAAUAGAGCAGGUUCAGGUCAGCCUCCCCGUGUCGCUGGAGGCUGCGUUCCACGCGCACCGUAAGGUCUACAAGAACCUGGCCGUCAACCUGCCUCUGGCCACCUUCAUCGAGCGAGCAGCAGACAUCGCCAACGAAGGCCUCCCGGCACCGACCCGCAAUCCUUCGGCCGACGACCUCUUCAACGACCUUCUGGGUCUUCCUCGGGCCGGGCACGGCGCCACCCGCGGCCGUUACUUCCCCAUGAUCUCAUCCCCUGCCGCUCCUGUCGCACAGCCCGCCUUCUCCAGCAGCCGCCAGCAGGCCGACAUUAUCGACAUCCUGUCUGGGACAGCCACCACGGCUAGGAAGCCGGCUGUGCAGCCUUCGGCCGAGUUCAAUGUGACCGAUGCCGAUGUGCCUCUGUUCAGCCUCAAUGUGCCGAAAACGGAGGAGAAGCGCGCCAAGGUUUUCCUUGAAAGAAUCAAGGUUGUGUUGGAGAACGAGCCGGCAAGGUUACUGUUGUAA